AACACACUGUGUGGAUAUGGCAUUCACAUCAGAAUGGUUUUAUCUGUAAUCUCGACUUGUUUUGGAUGCGUCCAUACCAGAAUUUAAGGUGGGUCCUUAGAGCACGCGUCCUCUCCUAGGACAAGAGUCCAGGAUAUAUUUUUUUUUAAUACCCAUGAAGAACUUUUGAGGAAAUAUCUGUGUGGAUUUGCCCGAGUGAGCCGAUAUGCUGCUCUCCGGCUGCCAGGACUCUGUGAUGUUGAUCUGUUUCUUCAUCGCCCUCGUUGGAGCUGACAGUUUUUUAGGCAGUUUGCCUCCACCAGUCAACCUCAGCCUGUCAUGGGACCAAAACAGCUUGGAUGUGAAUAUAAACUGGAGAGAACCAGCAGGUUUGGACACAAAAUAUAAAGUGAUCUAUAUGUUGGCAAUAUAUAAGGAGCAGAAGUGUCCUCCCAAAAAUAAUACUACAUUUUUUAAGAGAGCAAAGACGUUGCACUGUCAAUACUCCGUUUCUAAAGAGGAGGAAAUUUGUGUUGGCAUAAAAACAGUCCCUGAAAACGGUGAAAACAAAAUUGCCAGCAAAGAAGUAUACAAAUACCUGCCUCCACCUUUAGCAUUAGUGGAGAACUUCAAAUGUGUGUAUUAUGCUACUAAACAGAUGAACUGCACAUGGACUGUAGUUAAAAAUACCCCUGACCUUCAGUUAUUAUACAAGAUAGGUGAACAAACCAAGAGCUGUAUGUCAUAUCUCAGCUCUGGACACAUUAAAACAGGAUGUCACCUGCAUGAUAAAGACCUAACGUCUAAUGGAAAAGUUUUCUUUGUCAUCAGUACAACUGGAAAAAAUAAUCUGAAUAACAAGUUUAAAAUAGAAAUAAACUUUUCAGUUAAGCCACCAAAGCCAGAAGUCCACAUCACAAAGGAAGGUGAACUCCUCUAUUUUCAAGCAAUCAUUCCAAGGGAUUUUCUAGCACCACAAUGUUUGAAAUACAAGUUUGUGUACACCAGAUGUAAUGAAAGGAGUGAAGAAAUAACGAUUAACUCAUCCUUACAUGUGGAAUACGACACUGCCUGCAUGUACAAAGUUCGAGUGCAUGUCAUAUAUUCUAACUAUUGUGGGACAGACCACGACAUAGAGGGUGACCCAAGUGAACCUGGGUAUUAUGGUGAGGAUGAUGACCCAAAUUUGGCAUUUAAACUGGCCAUGAUUGUCACCCCUUUAAUAGUGUGCUGCUGUCUUGUUGCAGCCUUACUCAUGUUUAGGAGAAUCAAGAAUAUCAUUCUCCCAAAGAUUCCUGAACCAUCGCUGUUUUUCAAGGAUAUGCUUAACAGCACUUCUGAUGGACUUUCAAAGGGCCUUGGUGGAAAACUCUAUGUGCCUGUUAAAGACAUUGUGGCAAGUGGUGUGCGCCUGGAACCAAAAUCUAUCCUUUUAUCCCAAAACCAUGAUACCUGCAUCUAAAUAACAUGCUGGCUCUGAACAUGGCCAGUAAUGGACUAAACGUGACAAACAAAUCUGGCUCUGAUAUUUAGCAGCUUAGUCUGAAACCUACGCAAUGCUGUUGCCCUUUAAGAGCUAUGUAGUUUCUGUGCAUGCCUUUGUUUAUGCUACACUGUGAUUUAUUCAGGAGAUGACUGAGUCCAGGCAUGAAUGAGGAAUGACAUCUAACAAACUCAGCAACAACAGGCACUGGGUUCUAAAAAGUCCUUAAAUGAUUGAGUAAAGAUAGAGACUGAUGAUUGCCUGCAGUCAGCACUACUCAGGAGUAUAGUUAUAUUUCCCCACUUGGGUUGUAGUAGAAAUAUAAACGGGUAACUUAAAUAAAAGGACGCUGAACAUUCAUUGUGUGAAUCUUUUCUGUAUAUACAUACAUGCAAUUUCAAUCUAAUAUUAUAUGGAUGUAUUGUGUUCAUAGAGAUAUUUGUAAAUAUUGACAUAUGGAAAUGUUUUCUACAUAGUUUGAUGUACAGUAUAUUAAAAAAAUAUGGUGAUGA